UUUUUUUUUUUUUUGUCGUUUUUACCGAUGUAGUGACGUAACUUUUCCUCCGGUUUCGUUCACCAUCUUUAAGUUGGUAGUCAAGCGCGAAAUGUUGUAAGAGUAAUUUGCUGGCUGGCUCAGGUGUUCAGGAAACGUGCUUUUCUUUUUUUUCUUUUUUUCCAGUAAAGCUCGCACUACUAUAGCGACCAUUCAUUUGGUUAUUUCCGCGUAUUUCUUGGUUUUAUUUUAAACUCCAAACUGAGUUGGACUGAAACAAGCAAGCGAGCCGCAGGUGCCAGGAUGGAUGAGGCGGAGAAGUACCAACAGCGACUGGAGGCCAUCGCUGAGAAGCGGCGUCUGCGGGAGGAGCAGGAGCGAGCCAAGAGAGAUAUGGAGGAUGAAAAACUCAGACUGCAGCAGCUCAUGAGGAAGUCUUUGAGAGAUCAAUGGCUGAUGGAGGGAGCUCCUUUGUCCCCAUCCACACUGGAUUCCCAAAGCCCACACUCCCCUCCGUGGUCCUCUCAGGAGGUGGGACAGCACAGGUUGCGAUCACGGAAUGUGGGAUUUGCAGGGGAGGAUGAGAAAGAACAGAUCACACAGGACCAAACAGAAGAUCUGGACAUGGACGCAGGAGAUAUGGGGACAGUAGAAGAUCACGCCAUGAAGGCGAUCCAGACAUUGCGGGACGAAGACGCCUCUGUUCUAAUGAACGGCGAAGGGGACUUGAAAUCGGGCCUUAAACAAAAUUGCGAAGACGCUUCGGAGAAGCCCGUCAUCACAAACGGACCAAGUGGAAGCAUCCUGGUCGAGAAUCAUGGCCAGCACGAUGCUCCUCGAAGCUGCAUGGAGAUGGAGGAAGGGAUCGUGGCCAUGCGGGCCGAACGCGUCGUCAUCUCGGAUGAUGAAGAAGUUGCGCUACAAGAGCAUCAGGAGGAAGGAGUGACUGUGGAGGAGGUGCAAGUAGCUCCAGAAGCCUUGAAAGAGUUGGCAAAGGAUGAAUCAAGUGUGGCGAUACGAGCAGGGAGUACGCACGAAGAGACAAAAGACGAGGACACCGAAGCGGAAACUUCAGCCUCCGUGCUGCUGCAGUCCAGGGCCCAGACAAAAGACGAGGACACCAAAACGGAAGCUUCACCGCCUGUGCUGCCCCAGUCACCAGCCGGUCCCCUCGAGGCCAUUCAGGUGACUCCCGUGCCGGUCUACUCGGAACCAUGCUGUCCUCCUCCGGAGGAAGCACCGCAAGCCCAGGAGGAAGUCAAAGCCAUGACACCAGCAUCAGAGGUGCUCGACAUGUCCACAAAAGCCCAAGGCGACGCCCUCAUCCCGCCCCCUCAGUUCCAGGAAGUUUCCCUCAGCGACCCCACGGAGAACCACAGGACUGAGGCGCGACCCGCCGAGCAAGAGCCCCUCCUGGAGGAGGCCAAAGCCCCUGAAGUGCAAGAUGACAUCGCCACCGAUAACCAGUCGGCUUCCACAGAGAUGCAAGCGGAGGCCAUGCCGGUGCCCAAGAAGAAAACGUGCCAGUGCUGCUCAGUCAUGUGAAUGCAACAAAAAUACUAACACAACGCUUUUGAGUUUGCUCUCAUCAAGUAAGUAUUAACGCUUCCUUAACGUUUUUUUUUUUUUUUUUAAAUAAAAUUCCACUGAUCACAAUAGCCCUGAAGUCCACUCAAAAAGGUGCACUUUGGGUUUUACACUCAUCCCCAUGAUGAAAUUUGUGUUGCACUAACUUCAGUAGGUCACUGAUCCUUUAAAAAGGAUUCAGGUGAAAUUUUAGUGUAUAUGUUUUUGUAGCAUAAACUAUGCAAUAUUUUAAACAGGCCAUACCGUAAUAUCCUAUGGCACCGUAGUGGUCGGUAAUUGCCACUGCUUUAAAGUUUCGUCGGGUUCCAGUAAGGUCCCCAUAGAAAUGUAUUAAACCUUGAAGAAAUCAAGAUGUCAAUUUUUAGCAAAUUUAAAUCAGCCACUCCACUCUUUCUGUCGCCAGUGUAGGCGAUUAUAACCAUUACUAAUGACAUUCUAAAAUGACUUUUGGUCUCAUUUGAGGCUCUGAUGCACCUUCAGUUUGAGUUAUGUCAAAACUUGAUUACUGGAGUGUGAAAUUUGUGAAGCAACUGCAUUUCAUGCUAAAUGGGAGCAA